AUGACGACGGCGGUUCGCUCUCCCGACACUGCUUCUGCUCACUACUUCGUCUUCGAACUGCAGUCUGCAGCAGUUAUGUUGUUAGAUAAGAAGACCAACAAGAUCAGAAAGAUUAGCGAUCCAUCUUUGCUUUCAGGUAACAACAGUUUUAUUGAGCGCGUUCCUUCUCCCGAACCUGUUCUUGGCAACAAAGAUGAAGGUCCUGCUCAAAAGAAAAGAGGCGCCAAAGCUUCCAAGAUCUUUAAGGAACCAGAAAGCUUAGAGGAGCGUAUUCUCGAAGCUGCAACUCCUGUUGACGCAAUAAGGUUUCCAUUUAUAUUCGAGCAAGGCUCUAGUUCAACAGUAGCAGAUGACGAUAGCAACAUCCCUGAGGGGAAGCGUAAACAACCUGAAGUGGACUACUCGUCUGGUCCCAGCAAUGAGGUAAUCUGGCGUCCUAAUUUCGAGGAGCUCAUCCGCCGCCUUAGACAUAAGGCGUGUGUGGAGAUAGUGAAAGAGCGGAGAGAUGAAGGAUGUGCUAAUGUCAUGAAGGCAAUGUUAGAAGUAGGAAGAUCUCAGGAGAAGAAGGCGAAAACCGACAAGUCCGGUAAAGUCCUCUCUUGUUUUCUAUACAAUUGAUUGAAGUUCCCAAUGUUUCUUAACUCUACAUAAAAUUUGUUUUAUCUUUGUCUUAAGAUUGCUGAUGCUGCACUGACUGAGAAGAAAGACACGCCACAAAUCGUUUUGAAGAUGUGGAAAGAUGGUUACUUACAUAUGCAGGUAUGAGUGUAUUUCUUUUGCCAAGUUGAAACCAAAACUUUUGUGUUCUAUGAACUGAAUGAACUGUCUUUUUUUUGUUUGUGUCCUGUGAUGAGAACAAUGAAGGAUUGCACGAGUACAUACACCACCUGGUCGAGUAGUUUCCAGCUUCAGCCGAUAUAGGAGCUUUAAGGACCUCAGGUUAGAAAGCUCUCAGGUUAGAAAGCUCUUAAACGUAUGAAACUUAGAUGGCUUUGCGUAGGUUAUCGGAUCACUGACUUGUUUAGGUUGCUUUCGUAUAUGAUAGAACAUUAACUUGUUUAGAUGGCUUUGCGUAGGUUAUCGGAUCACUUGCUGUUUACGUUGCUUUGCUUGUUUACGUUGCUUUGCUUGAUUACUUGUGUUUGUGUACUUGUAUAAUAAAAUUUGGAAUUUUGAAAAUCAACAAUUAUAACAGAUUUUAAAAAAUAUAAUAAGAAUUUUUUUAAAAAAUAGACAAAAUUUAGGAAACCCUAAAAAGUUAAUUUCAUUCCACGGCGUGAAAAAAAAAAACACAAAACUUGAGAGUUGAGAGCGAGAGAGACCAUGGGAUCAAGGAGCCAGCCCGAAGAUCAGUCGACGUUUGAUCCGAAUUACACCCCGCCAAAUACUGUGGACUUUGCAACUCAGGCAGUCUUAGCUACUCUUGCUGCAGCAGCUGAGGCUGGUGAUCAGAUCGCUUCUCAGGAAGCUGGUGUAACUCGUGCUGAUGGGAAGCAUCAAGGAAGCAGAAAAAGGCUUAUCAGUCUUGUUGAUGAUACUGAUGAUUCUGAUGUUGAAAUCAGUCAACCAACCCAAAAAACCAAGCCUCGCAGACAGACCAGUUUCGGAACAGCCACGGGGAAACCCAUGUUGCGACCGAUGAGGAAAGCGCAGAUGAGAUUGUCAGAUACAUGGUGCGACCGAUGAAGGAGAAGUUUGACAAAUAUUGGGAUGAAGUUAGUGGUGUUUUUGCAAUAGCAGCAGUCUUUGAUCCACGGUUUAAGCUUUCAAUUGUUGAAUGUUGUUUAGGGAAGCUUGACAUAAGUACACGUGAUGCAAAGGUGAAGAACUUGCGUGACAAGCUCAGUAUUCUGUUUGAGACAUACGACAAAAACUCCAAGAAUAACUCACCUUCCACUGAGCCACGUGACACUGUUCCACAAAAAGCUUGUGCGGCAGGAUCAAUGGGACUGUUUGGGAACUACAAUGUGAGUGUUUUCAAUUUUUUUCCUUCUGUCGUCAGCCUCCAAUUUUUUUUUUCCUCUCUGAUAUAUUUUUUUUUAAAACUUUCUUAGGAUUUCUUUGCAUUUCGCAAAGUCAGUGGAAUUGUUAGUGGAAAGACACCUCUAGAAGCUUAUCUUGAAGAACCACCUUUGGACAUUACUAAUUUCCAGAGCUUGGACAUCCUCGAUUGGUGGAAAGAUAAUGCGCAUCGGUAUGGUGACUUGGCUGCAAUGGCAUGUGAUCUGCUAAGUAUUCCAAUCACAACAGUGGCUUCGGAGUCCUCCUUCAGUAUUGGAUCGCGAGUUCUAAACAAAUAUAGGAGUCGUCUACUCCCAGAAAAUGUGCAAGCUCUGAUAUGCACUAGGAAUUGGAUCAAAGGAUAUGAAUCUUACGCACAUGGUAAAUAACUCACCUUAUAAUUUUAGUAAGAGUAACAUUACUGACUUGUACACUGAUAUUUGUAGAUGAAGAAAUCGAUGGUGAUGGAGAAGAAGAGAAAUUACCAACAUUUGAGUCCAUUGUUGAUGGGGAAGAUGAAGAUGAGUAGAUGAGCAAGUUUGAAAUGUUAUCUUGAUUUGGUGUUUUGCUGCAAUUACAAUUUCUGUUUUUUUGUUUAAGUUGCAUGAUUUUUGGUUUUGAAUACUAUGAUUUGGACCAUUUGGUGUUUCUCUAAAUUUUACUUUAGUUGAGACUUAAUUUUUUAUACUCACGAUCAAACAACAAACUAUAGUUCUUCAAAAUUAUCUGAAGAAACAGAUUGAAUGGCUAGUAAUUAACAUAUAUACGAGUUGCUGAAAUAGCCAGUGGCUCUAACGAUGCUCUCGUAGAUAGAAAAAAAAAUACAGAACAAGAC